ACAAAGAAUCAGAAACCUCUAGUGAAGAAACUACAAAUGAUGAAAUCGUACCCUUAUCAGAUAAUACUAAUCAAACACUAAGUAAUGUUUCCACCUCCUCCACAAAUAAUCGAGCACCUGUUAGAGAUUACCUUUUAUCAAUUCCUGAUGGAGAGUUUACUAAAAUUAAACAGCUCGUUGACCAACAGUCAUUUUUGUUGGCCGAAAAUACUGAAUUUAUUAAUUUUUUACACGAACUUAAUCUGAGAUACAAACCCUAUGUCGCCAAACAAUCUUAA